AUGGGAGCUGAAAAAUCAAAGCCCGCUGCAAAUAAAAAUAGAUUUAGUGAGGCAGAAUAAAAGAGUCUGACUCAACUGUUUAUUAGCUAUUCUAAAUAAUAGGAUAUUUCAAAAGCACACAUAGACAAUGCAGAGAGUUUAUAAAAUUUUUUAUCUUUUAAACCUGAAUAAAGAUAAUAAUUUUACAAAUGGCUCCAAGCAAUAUCAAGCAAACUAAAUUCUUCAAAAGGAGACAAGAAAGUUACAUUUUAAACAUUUGCAUCAGUCAUUGAAUACAUGACCAAAAGUAAACAAAGCUAUAUGUUUGAAGAAUUUAAUAAGAAAAAGUAUACAUCCUUAGAAAUCCUCUGUUUGAUCAUGUUCUUUGUAGAUGAAUGGGAUACAAUUUAAUUUAACAAAGCAAUAUUCACUAGAGAAAAAUGCUCUCAAGUUUUGAAUUACAUACUCUUUAUUUUUGGAGUAGAAUCUGAUAAAGUAAUUAAUGCGUUCUUAGAUCAAGUCUUUAAAUAUGAAGAAAAUCAAAACGAGAUAACAGCUGAUCAUUUUUUUUAUAAGACUUAAUCUACUUUGCAAUAUAUAAAUAGAGUUUUGAUUGAUUACUGGAGUGGUUAUGUUUACAAUGGAAUUAAAUAACUAUCUUGUCCUGAAUUUAUUCAACCAUCUGAGAUCAUUUCAAAUGAUUUUUUACCUAUAUUAUACUCUCAUAACUCUUCAAUUUAGCAUGCUAAAGGAUUAUAUUUACUUUAUUCUUCAAGCAAAUCUGGUAUUAGUUUCAAUCGCUUAGCCUUUGCUAUUCUUGGAUAUAAUGCACCAACUCUUAUAUUAAUUAAGCAUAAAGAAGUAAAUAAAGAAACAAAUGAAUCUUCAACUCAUAUUAUAGGAGCUUAUCAUUAAGAGUAGUGGUAUUCUCAAUUAAAAUAUUAAGGUGAUUCAUAGACAUAUCUCUUCUCACUCUAUCCUACAUAUAGGACAUUCAAUUCUUAUGAAGGUUAAGGAUCUUCAAAUUAUGCCUAUUUAAACAACAGGUAAAUUGAAAGAUCUAAAUACAAAGUAGGUUUAGGUUUUGGAGGAAAUGAAGAUUUUAACUAAUUUAGAUUUUGGAUAGAUGAUGAUAUUUAAGCCAACUCUUAUGUUAAAUCAGAAGAUAAAACUUUUGGAAAUGGGUGUAUCGUUAGUAACGGACGCCAAUAAACAAAACUUGAUGUUUAAUGUUUAGAAAUUUGGGGUAUUGGUAGUGAAGAAAAUUUGUAAGCAUAAUUUGAAUACAGAGAAAAUGAAAGAAGAGAAAUAGAAAAAAUGAGGAAGGUAGAUAAAAAAGCUAUGUGGGAUAACGGAUUUAAUAAAGAAAUGUUCUUUGGUAAAUUAAAUGCACAUCAAGGUUAGCUCAAAGAAGAAAUUUAAAGGGAAGAUGAUAGCAAUAAAUAAAAGUGA